AUGAAGCUGAUUGUGUUUAUUAUAUCCCUGAUUACUUGUUCAAGAGACGCAUUAGCUAUUGGACAACCCGCAAGUCUUGUUUUCACAGAGACUAUAGGAGCCUUGAAGCUAAGCGACACCGGCUCCGCUUUGCCAAUUAUCAUAGACACGAAAGACUGGCCUGGUGUCGUGCAUGCUGGCAAUGACCUUGCGAAUGACUUUGGGCUUGUGACCGGAACGAAGGGAAAAGUCACUACGAGUACAAGCGGUCUCUCCAACGCAACGGUCAUCAUUGCCGGAACGAUUGGCAAAUCAUCGCUCAUUGACAGUUUGGUAUCUUCCGGGAAGCUUGAAGUGGCAGCAAUCAAAGGAAAAUGGGAAUCAUUCACCUCCCAAGUAGUCUCAGACCCAGUCCAAGGCAUUCAAUCUGCCCUAGUCCUCGCGGGCAGCGACAAGAGAGGCACCAUUUACGCCAUUUACGAUAUCUCUGAACAGAUCGGCGUUUCGCCGUGGUACUGGUGGGCUAAUGUUCCUCCCAAGAAGAAAACUAACAUAUAUGCUCUACCUAUCACGAAAAGUCAAGGACCGCCGACAAUCAAAUAUCGGGGCAUAUUCCUAAAUGACGAACAACCUGCCCUUACGAACUGGGUUCGCGCAAAUUAUGGCAAAUACGACUCCCGAUUCCAUGCGAAGGUUUUCGAGUUGCUCCUCCGCCUUCGCGCAAAUUACUUCUGGCCAGCCAUGUGGGACUCGAAAUUUUAUGUGGAUGAUAGCAAGAAUGGGCCACUCGCAGAUGAAAUGGGGAUUGUUAUGGGUACAUCGCAUACAGAACCUAUGGCGCGUGCCGACAAGGAGAAAGUAAAGCCGUGGGAUUGGAAGAACAAUCAGAAUAAUUUAAAGAAGUACAUGCAAGAUGGCUUGACACGUGCUAAAAGCUGGGAAACGCUUUGGACCCUCGGGAUGCGAGGCGAUGGGGAUACAGCAAGCCCAACACUGGACGCGAAGAGCCUAGUCGAUGUCAUCAAUUAUCAGCAGUCAAUAUUGAAGAGUACUCUAGGUCUCUCAAAUCUUUCAGGCGUGCCACAGAUGUGGUGUGUAUACAAGGAAGUAGGUGGGUACUACCAGGCAGGUAUGAAAAUUCCAGACGACGUUACGAUUCUCUGGAGCGACGACAACAGUGGGAACAUUCAACGUCUACCACUCCCUAGCGAGGUUAAUCGAGAAGGGGGCGCGGGCGUUUACUAUCAUUUCGACUAUGUAGGAGACCCGAGAAACUACAAGUGGAUCAACACGAUUCAAUUAUCCAAGACUUGGGAGCAGAUGCAUCUUGCGUGGCAGCGCAAUGCAACUGAGAUAUGGAUUGUUAAUGUUGGAGAUUUGAAGCCUUUGGAACUUCCGAUUUCCCACUUCCUUGAUAUGGCAUAUAACAUGGCUCCAUUUACCUCUCCGUCGAGUACGGAUACCUGGCUCAACGCAUGGGCAACACGAGAGUUUGGCCUAGGUGUCGCGACUGGGACAGCAGAAGCCAUGGCGACAUACGGAAAACUUAUCGUCCGUCGGAAAUAUGAACUGCUGAACCGAGCCCCUUUCAUGCUUAGUACAGUCAAUUAUGAUGAAGCUGAGAACGUUCUCAACGAAUGGGGUGCCCUGCAGAACAAGGCUCAGGCUCUCUACGGUGCGCUUGACGCUGAAACACAGAUUGCCUUCUUCGAGAUGGUUUUGCAUCCAAUCAUGGCGGGAAGGAUUGUCCAACAAGUCUAUAUCAAUGCUGCGAGAAAUAGUGCGUAUGCGACGCAGAAGAGAAUGAGCACCAGCAAACUGGCCGAUGAUGUCAGAGCUGCGUAUGCGCAGGACGCAGUGGUCCAAAAGAGAUACCAUGGGCUGUUGAAUGGGAAAUGGAAUCACAUGAUGGAUCAAGUACACUUUGGAUACACGAAUUGGCAAGACCCGGGAUCCAACUCAAUGCCAUCUGUCAAGACGAUUGGAACAACAGCGCCCUCUGCCGGCAUAUUGGGUGUAUCAGUGCAGAAUAGCGCUGCCUCAACUCCCGGCGACACUGCCCCGACACUUUCCGGGAUGGAUCCCUACACCCCUGAGAACCGCACGAUUGACAUUUACGCCCGCGGCUCCGGGUCUAUGGAAUUCACCAUUACACCCUCCGUCUCGUACGUCAAGGUAAACCCUUCAUCGGGUACAGUGAGUUACCCAUCAGGUACUUCCGACAUCCGUGUCACUAUCUCGGUAGAUUGGACCUCUGCUCCCCCUGGUUCUAGCACGGUCGUGAUCUCUGUCACGCCGAAAACGGGCACCCCAGUGAAGUUAAACCUCCCACUCAAUAAACUAGUCAUUCCCGCAGAGUUCAAAGGCUACAUAGAAUCCAAUGGCGCUAUUGCAAUCGAGAUGCAGCACUUCAGGUCACGGACUCCUGGCGCAGACGGCUCGACUGUAGAAAUCAUUCCGAACUACGGGCGAACACAUUCUGGCUUAACCUUGAUGUCGAGCACAGCUUCUACGCAGACUUUGGCAUCGGCUCCGAAGGCCAUUUAUAGCUUCUAUGCGUUGACUUCGAGUUCAAAUGCGAAGGCGCUCGUCUACCUUUCGCCGUCCUUCAAUGUGAAUCCCUCGGCGCCUCUAAAAUACGCCAUUGCGCUCAACCAGGCGAGUCCUACCAGCGUGUCACCCGUCCCUUCAACGACAUUAGGUACCAUGCCUGGCGGGUGGUCAGACAGCGUUGUCAAUGGUGCGCGGGUGGUGAGCACAAAUAUAGGGAAAGUAGAUCCGGGCAAGCAUGAAUUGAGUUUGUGGCUUCUGGAGCCAGGGACUGUAGUGCAUAGGCUUGUGGUGGAUUUGGGUGGUGUGCAGAGUAGUUACCUAGGACCCCCAGAGAGCACAAAGCUUGGCUUCUGAAUAGAUAGUAUGUUAGUACAGGAAACAACAGUAGGAAGCAGUAGUUUUCCCUCGGGAUUGUGAGCGCUAUAAUCUAUCGUUCGUUGGCAAAGCUAUAUCUAUAGGCGACUUUGUCGAUCGUCAGAUCCCUAGUUUCCUUGGUAUUCUCCCACCGCUUUUCUGCGUCAGUAUCCAGAGUCGGAGC